AUGGACUCCAAAGAAUUCGAUAUUGUGGUCUUCGGCGCUACAGGAAUUACAGGAAAAUAUGUCUUUGAAGAACUCGCUAGUGUUGCUAAACAAGAAAAUAUUAAAUAUGCCCUAGCUGCUAGAAGCGAGAAUAAAUUGAAAGCUACGAUAGAAGAAUCCAAGAAAUAUAUUCAAUCUAAAGGUGAAACAAUAGACGAUGUGCCUAUUAUCAUUGCCGAUAUUAACGACGAAAAUUCCAUAAUAGAAAUGUGUAAAAGAACAAAAGUAAUAUUGAAUUGCGCGGGACCCUACAUCUUUCAUGGAGAAAUUAUGAUUAAGUCGUGUAUUGAUGCGGGAACACAUCAUAUAGACGUGAGCGCGGAAUCAAUCUAUUUGGAAGAAAUGCAAUUGAAAUAUCACGAAGAAGCAAUUCAGAAGGGUAUAUACGUACUUGGAGCGUGUGGUUUUAGUAGUAUUCCUACCGAAAUGGGUUUAUCUCUGAUUAAAAAGAAAUUUCAAGGAGAUCUUAAUUCUGUAGAAACAUAUCUACAGUUUCAUGAAAAUCCACAGGGAAGAAUGGCUAAUGCUGGAAUUUUGAAAUCCAUGAUAUACAAUUUCUUAAAUCGAAAUAAAAUUGGAGAUAUCAGGAAACGAUUGAAUGAUAAAAUAUUCAAAAAGUUUCCAAAAUAUUCUCAUCUUUUGAAAAAAAGACCUAUUGCUUUUAAAAGCGAAGUGACAAAUCGAUGGUGUUUACCUUAUCCGGCGUGCGAUAAAACGGUUGCAAUCCGAAGCCAACUUUUUAAUUAUAAUUAUAAGAAUGAAAGAGCAGUGCAAAUAAAUACUUAUUUCAUGUCUACUUUCUUCAACUUUUUCCUCACCAUUAUAAUGGCAUUUAUAUUUUUCGUCUUUUUAAACUUUAAAUUAGGCAGACAACUCUUAAAAUCUUAUCCAAAAGUAUUUAGUCUUGGAUUAUUUCAAGAAGGUGGUCCAACUAGACAACAGUUGAAAGAAUCUACUUUUAAUAUUAUAUAUUGGGCAGAGGGUUGGAAUGAUAAACUGGAAAUCGAUCAGAAUCAUACGGAACCUCCAAACAAAUUCAUGAAAGUAGUUUUAAAUGCUCCCAAUGCAGCAUUUCUUACAACAUCCCUUUGCAUGGUGCAAGCAGGUAUUGUUUGCUUGAAAGAAACUGAAAAUAUGCCUGGAAGUGGAGGGGUUUUAACACCAGGAGCUGCUUUCGAAAACACUUCGCUAUUAGAACGUUUGCAAAAAUUCGGAAUGGAGUUUAGUAUUAUGGAGAAAUGAUCUGUUCAAAGAUCAUAAUUUGCAUACAGCAAUUCACGAC